CAAUCCUCCUCAGUCCUGUCCAAACAGAACGUGAGCGUUAACCAGUCUGCCUGCUAGAGCGCCGGUCGGUGCUAAACCGAUUCAUGUUGUUUUUUUAGCCACUUGUCCCUUUUAAAGUAGACUAUUGUAUCGAAGAAUGAGUGAUAACGACGAUAUCGAAGUCGAUAGUGACGAAGACUCACCGAGAUAUCACUGUGUGGCAGACAAACGGGCACACCACAAUGCCCUGGAGCGCAAACGUAGGGACCACAUCAAAGACAGCUUUCACAGCCUUCGGGACUCUGUCCCCGCCCUGCAGGGAGAAAAGGUUGGUAAAGCUCAGCCUGCAAGUCCUCCAGGCACACGAUGUUCAGGCUCCCAUGCGUCGAGAGCUCAGAUCCUAGACAAAGCCACAGAGUACAUCCAAUACAUGAGGCGAAAAAAUCACACGCACCAGCAGGACAUCGACGACCUGAAGAGGCAGAACGCGCUGCUGGAGCAGCAAGUCCGCGCUCUGGAGAAGGUGAAGGGCUCCGCCCAGCUCCAGGCCAGCUACUCCUCGUCUGACAGCAGCCUGUACACCAACCCCAAGGGCAGCGCCGUGUCGGCGUUCUACAGGGGCUCCGACUCCCGCUCCCGAGUCGGAGGCCGAGGAGCCGCCCAACAGGAAGAAACUGCGCGCGUGGGCGCCAGCUAGACGGCGCCGCGAUUGAGGGCGGUCCUCUCUCCUCCCGCGUGCACAUAAGAAACCACUUCAAGGCCCCCCCCCCCCCCCCCCCCUCUCCUCCCCGCCGUACGUGGCUUGGCUGACACUGGAGACUCCCCGCUAACAUCCUCACACCAAACCAUUGUUUCUCGCCCCAGAACAGCAGGGUGGCGGAUGACCGCUUCAACCAAUUUAGAGAGCUUCAGGUUGUCGUCUCCCCCUCCCCUCGCUCGCCUCCCCUCUUUUAAUUUGGUUCUCCUUCAUUGCUACCCCCCCCCCAACAUCUACAAUCUAAAGCCCAGAAAGAGGCAGCUCGGCUAUUUAAGGACUUGGUGCUUUUCUUUGUACCCUCAAAAAAGCUCCUCCUCCUCCCCAGGUUUUUUAAGGGGGGGCGGUGCUCCUAGCGUACUCAAAGCACUGCUAUAUUGCUUCUUUUUUGUUAUUCUUGAUGAAAUAAAAAAAUCAGUUCAGAAUUUACACACAUACGUAGAUAAAUUGUCCAAGAGAAGUUUACCUUUUUAAAAACGAGAAAUGAAUUUGUAGCUUUUUCCACUAAAGAAUGUGAAGACGCUUUGAAGCAAAUGUUAGUGAAACCCACCUCAGGCCCCCUGGAUUGCAGACGAAUUCUGCCUGACACGUGAUCACAGGAUUAAAAUUAAAAAAAAGAAAACAUGACUCCUUUUGUUGAAAUUGAUGUUUUGAAGCAGAAUAUUCCUAAACUUGUAUCGUAUUUUGUCCUUUAGCUUGAAGUAGUGAUGACUUUAGGUGGCUGAAUACGUUAGGCAUCUCGUACUAUAUAUUAUUCAAAUGCAUUGAUUGGAUGUUUAAGUUCUAAAGUAUGUUAUGCAUUUUUUAGUAAUCUCACGAGUCAUGGAAAAGGCCAAUUUAACACAUGUAGUUUUCCUUGAAAUAGGUAUUGAAUGUCCAACAGUAGCUCCCGUGGUUUGCAGUACGAGGAGGCAAAAUAAUUUCCUGUCGAUGUGUCGUGCUUUACACAGUAAAAGUCAAUGUUGCUGAAUCCCCACCCCGCCCCCAAGGAAAAAAAGGAAGCAUUUUGCGUCUCUAGGAAACAUGUGUAUUUAUAUUGUUUCCAUUUGAGGAUAUAAUUAGUGAUAGUUAUUUGUUCGUUCCAUUCCAUGGAGAUUACAAGUAUGUUGUACAUACUGCCAUCAAUUGUCUUGCAAGUUAAGGCCUACCUUUACUAUGAGACUAUAAAAUAAACUAUUUUAUCCUUUA